AGGAAGGAAGCAACAAACGCUCUUCGCCGUCGGCUUCUGCUCCUCUCGCCGCCGCCGCCGCCGCCGCUGCCGACGCCGACGCGCCAGCCAUGGCCGGCGAGUCCAUAUCCCUAGCCCCUUCCGCCUCCACCUCAUCGCCCGCCACCGCGCUCGAUUCCGUGCCCUUCUCCUCCGGGAACCCACGCAUCGAGGAGGCCCGCGGCGUCGUCGUCCUCCACCCCGACCCACCCGCCGCCGCCUCCGUGCUUCCGGCGGGGAGGAAGCCGUGGGUGUGCAUGCCGGCCGUGCCCAACCACCUCACCUACGCCGACUUCUGCAGCUUCUGCGGCACCUUCCUCCCCCACAUGCUCGAGAUGCGCAUCGUCAGGAUUGAUGGGGUGGAGGACCAGUACAGCGUUCUUAUAAAGUUCGACACUCAGAGCGACACGGAUGGCUUCUAUGACAACUUUAAUGGGAGGCAUUUCACAUCACUGGAGGAUGAUGUUUGUCGCAUUCGUUUUGUGGAAGAAGUUCACUACACUCAAUUGAUUGAGCACACGCAUAGCUCAGUUACAAGCUCAGCUGAACAACCUACAUGCCCAGUAUGUCUUGAACGACUUGACCAAGAUCCUGGAGGCAUUCUUACAACAAUAUGCAACCAUUCUUUCCACUGUUCAUGCAUAUCAAAAUGGACAGACUCUUCGUGCCCAGUUUGCAGAUAUUGUCAACAGCAACCAGAGAAAUCCAUGUGUUCAAUUUGUGGAACAUCAGAAAAUCUUUGGAUUUGUGUCAUCUGUGACCAUGUUGGAUGUGGAAGGUACAAAGGUGGCCAUGCUAUUGCACACUGGAAAGAAACACAACAUUGUUAUUCACUUGAAUUAGAAACACAGAAGGUUUGGGGUUAUGCUAGGGACAGCUAUGUGCAUCGUCUGAUUCAAUUGAAAACAGAUGGGAAUCUGUUUGAGUACAAUUUAUAUGGUGAUCAUUCAGCGGAUGGUAUGUGUUCGACAUGCAGUGGUGAUGCAGGGAUCAAUGAAGCUCUGCUCAACAGUAAAGUGGUUGAUAUUGUUGAAGAGUACAAUGAUCUCGUCACUUCUCAGCUUGAAAAACAAAGAAAUUACUAUGAGUCACUUCUGCUAGAAGUCAAAGAGGACAAUGAGAAAGAAAUCACUGCUGCUACUGAGAAAGCGGUGGGCAUAAAAGUACAAAAGUCACAGGCAAAGCUUGAUAAGUGUAUGGAAGAGACAAGGUUUCUCAACGAUAUUCAUGAAAAUCUUGUAAAAAACAUGGAGAUGUUGAGAGAGAGGAUUCAAAAAGCAAAAGAAAGGGAACAAGCUGCCAUUAGAUUGAAAGAUGAGAAGAUUGAGAAGCUGGAGGAGGAAGAGCUAAGAAUUUUGAUAGCCUAUAUUGAGCGCCAAAAUACUGUGGCAGAAGCUUCUGACUCGGCCUCAAGCGAUAGAAACGAGGCUCCCGAUUCUUCCCGUACAACCUGAAUCAUCUGCAAUCAGCAGCAACAUCAGAGAU